CAUGGACUCCUUCAAGAACCUGGUCCCACAGCAAGCCCUGGUCCUCCGAGACGGUGAGAAGAAGAGCAUCAACGCUGAGGAGGUGGUGGUCGGAGAUUUGGUGGAGGUGAAAGGUGGAGACAGGAUCCCGGCCGAUCUGAGAAUCAUCUCUGCUCACGGCUGCAAGGUGGAUAACUCCUCUCUGACUGGUGAAUCAGAGCCCCAGACUCGUACUCCAGACUUCUCCAACGACAACCCGCUGGAAACCAGGAACAUUGUUUUCUUCUCCACCAACUGUGUUGAAGGUAAACAACUAGUG